AUGAUCUAUCAAGACAGCUUCAACCUUGUGGACGACGCGGAACAGUAUCAGGUGUAUCCUUUUGGUACCACCGAGGAUUACCUUGCUAUUCAAGCAAUGUCCGGACACGGAAAGGAGCUAUCCUUUUUUGGUACAGGUAGAUUGUAUGAUCCUACGCUGAGAAUGCCUCCUGACAACUUGGCAGAAUAUCAGCCAGCUAUUCAGUACCUGUCGUCCUCAUAUGCCUCGCCCGAGACGAAUCAGAAUGAUCUUGCUGCUUUACCAAAUGAGUACGGAAGCGAUUAUGAGGAUGGCUAUGGAUACUCUCCUGGCCAGAACGAUGCCUACACUCAUGUCAGCCUAGCUGGACCUAGUCUAGGUGGUUAUUCGACCGUCCCACCACCAGCACUAGCACCAAUUAGCACUCAUGGCAUCCCAUACAACAUGGUAUCCACCAAGAAGCGGAAGGCCUCGGUUGAGUCAUUCCCAGUUGAAGCACCUGCGCCAAAACGCAUGGCUUUGCAAGACCCGAGCGGAGAAUUUUUUGAUCUGAAGAGUGAGCCUUCGCCAUACUCUUCUCUGGUACCCACACCCACAACUCUGGGAGGAUCCCAUUUGACAUAUCAACUCGCUGUGUCUCCUCGGCUGCAUGGUCACCAGCACUCCGCAUCAAAUGCCUCGCAGAUUUCUGUAGCUGCAACUGCACCAUACACGCCUACUGUCAGUCCAUCAUUCACAACUGCAAACACUGAACACAGCCCACGUGCACCAGCGACGCCCGGACCACAGGUGGCAUCAGCUGCCCACAACCCGAAACUGGUUCGUACGUCAACCAUUUCUCAACACUCUCCUCCAGGUUAUCCUCAUACUUUACCAACUGUUGGACACACGCAGAACUUCAAUCCAUACACGCUUUUCUCUCCAGACAGCAAAGCAAGACUUCACCUAGAUGGUGAUUUGGACGAGGUAGCCAAGACCUGGAGCGAAGAAGAGCUUGAAGCGCGACGCAAGAUUGUUGUCUUUGACCGUCAACAGAAAGGCAAUGACAUCACGGCAUCCUUUAGGGUUGUGCCACAGAACGAAUGGAAGAGUAACCCAAGAUCAGUCAGCUGCAUCUGGUGGGCCGAGAAGAAGGAGGCAUAUGUCACCAGCGUCGACACUAUCGCAUUGUUGGAGGCUAUCGUUGCGGCUCGCUUCACCGUCGAGGAAAAGAAUCGUAUUCGACGCAAUCUGGAAGGAUUCAAGCCGGACACUGUGUCGAAAGGCAAACCGGAGACCGAAGAGUUUUUCAAGGUCAUCAUGGGCUUUCCUAACCCCAAACCUCGAAACAUUGAGAAGGAUGUCAAGGUUUUCCCAUGGAGAAUCCUAUCGGUCGCCCUCCAGAAGAUAAUCUCGAAAUAUUCUGCCAGUUAUGCCAGCACAGCAGCAUCGGUUCCGCAGCCAAAGAUGUACCGACCGAUUGAGCAUCAUGAGUAUCCUUACGCCACACGACCAGCUCCUGACUACCACAGCAGUCUUCAGGUCGCCGCAUUCCCAAUGUAUGAGCCACAAGGCAGACUACCAGCAUCAGCUACACCAUCAUUGCAUUUGAGUCCUCAUAUUCCCCAAGGCCAUUCUGCUCAUCCUGGUUAUGGCUAUGGUCACCAGAUGGUACAACAUAGCCAUGUUCAGUACGAGAAUGUAAUGGCAGCUCCAGUAUCGGCACCCAUUCAAUAUUGGCAACAUCAUCCAGGAUACACGACAGACCCAGGCAUGCAUAUGGCUUCUGUCAGUGCGCCACCAUCAGGAUACCCACGAGAAAUGAUCGAUCCAGUCGACUUUCACCACCGAGCUAUUCCGAUGACCCACCAUCAUGCCUAUGCUGGGCAUCACUAA